CCUCUCUCCCGCAGGGCUGCUGCGAGAAGAAGUGUCCCGGCUCCAGGAGGAAGUCCACCUUCUCCGGCAGAUGAAGGACAUGCUGGCCAAGGACCUGGAGGAGUCCCAGGGCGGCAGGGCCUCCGAAGUCCUCUCGGCCACUGAGCUCAGGGUCCAGCUGGCCCAGAAGGAGCAGGAGCUGGCCAGAGCCAAAGAAGCCUUGCAGGCCAUGAAAGCCGACCGGAAGCGCUUGAAGGGCGAGAAGACGGACCUGCUGAGCCAGAUGCAGCAGCUGUACGCCACGCUGGAGAGCCGGGAGGAGCAGCUGCGGGACUUCAUCCGCAACUACGAGCAGCACCGCAAGGAGAGCGAGGAGGCGGUCCGAGCGCUGGCCAAGGAGAAGGACCUGCUGGAGCGGGAGAAGUGGGAGCUGCGGCGCCAGGCCAAGGAGGCCACGGACCACGCCGCGGCGCUGCGCUCCCAGCUCGACCUCAAGGACAACCGCAUGAAGGAGCUGGAGGCCGAGCUGGCCAUGGCCAAGCAGUCCUUAGCCACCCUGACCAAGGACGUCCCCAAGCGGCAUUCCCUCGCCAUGCCGGGCGAGACGGUGCUCAACGGCAACCAGGAGUGGGUGGUGCAGGCCGACCUCCCGCUGACCGCAGCCAUCCGGCAGAGCCAGCAGACGCUGUACCACUCCCACCCCCCGCACCCUGCAGACCGCCAAGCGGUCAGGGUGAGCCCCUGCCACUCCCGGCAGCCCUCCGUCAUCUCCGACGCCUCCGCCGCCGAGGGUGACCGGUCAUCCACGCCCAGUGACAUCAACUCCCCGCGACACCGGACGCACUCCCUCUGCAACGGCGACAGUCCCGGCCCCGUUCAGAAGAGCCUGCACAACCCUAUUGUACAGUCACUAGAGGAUCUUGAAGACCAAAAGCGGAAGAAGAAGAAAGAGAAGAUGGGAUUCGGCUCCAUCUCGCGCGUCUUCGCCAGAGGGAAGCAGCGGAAGUCCCUCGACCCCGGCCUCUUUGAUGGUACCGCCCCCGAUUAUUACAUAGAGGAGGACGCGGACUGGUGAUAGCCGGCGCCCUGGGCCGGUGCGCGGGGCCGUGCGUGCGUGCGUGCGUGCGAGCGUGGGCGUGCGCGUGUGGCCGUGCGUGGGUGCGCCCUCUGUCACAGAUGUACAUAGCGCGCCGUGUGUGACGCCGUCCCUGUCUCCGGAGCCACACCGCUGUGUUGUUAACCCGGUUCCCCGUUUGUGUUCUCAAUGUCCGGGUCCUUUAAUCCCCUCCCGUUUUUGUUCCGUUCGCUGUCUCCACGUCCCCCCUUCUCCUCCGUGUGAUGAAAUGUGGGAACUUGAAGGACUGCUGUGUACUUCUAAAUACCGCGAGGGUCGCAGCCCGGAGCGAGCGUGGGCGGCUCCCGCGCACCUGCGGGUCUCUGCCCCGGCGUCCGUGCACCUGCGGGCCGCCCCGGGGUCUCCGCCCCGGGCCCAGGUCCCCCGCACUGGGCUGCCCCGGGAGAGGUCAGCCGGGCCGCCACUGACGCCUGCCAGUUUUUACAUUGCGUGGCCGUUUGUCUCUUUAUGGAAAAAGAAAAAAAAAAACCUGUUCUGUUUAAUUUAUUUGCACAAAUGCAGAAAACUUAUUCUAUCUAAAUUAUUACGUACAUAACGGAAUGUAUAUUUUUCCACGGGGUGGGGCGGGAGGCGGGGUUUCUGCCGACAUGUCUGUCUGUCUGCCUUGCCGGGUGCGGCUUAGGCGGCCGCCUGGGGCCGUUGGCUUUCUCAGCUUGCUCUCUCUGUGUCUCGCUCUCUCUCCCCCGGUCUCCCCUGCUCUCCCGCCCCUGCACGAAAGGGACCUGCCCCUUCUCACGGCCUCUCUCUGUAUGCGUUUAUUUGCCUGGCAUACACGGCACGCCCCACCCAGCUCUGCCUCUUGAGACAGUGAAAAGCCGGGGCAGGACAGCCCACCCCUCUCCAGAUGCGACCCCAGGACCCCCGGCCUGAGCUGCUUCCCCAGGGGGCCUGGAGCUGCGCCCUCCCCCCCACACCCCGGUUUAUUCUGCACCCGGGCCUGGCAGGUGUCCCGGGGGGAUGGCUGUUGGGGACGCAGCUUCCACUCUGGCUUGUCCCUUGGGCCACAUUUAGACUCUGGGGGCCCUGCCCGCCCACGCAUCACACCUGGAGUCCGCUGUCCCCAGGCGGGCGGGGAACGCUGGUGGGAACACGCCUGUUGGGGGAACCAUGUCGGCCAGGGAGCCGUGUGCAUCCUGCCGCCAGGUGAGGGGGACAAGCCAGCUUCUCAGCCAGGGCCUCGCAAAGCCUAACACACCCCUGCCCUGCCCCUGCCCUGCGGACCCUGUGCUGCUGCCCCUAACCACUGACCGCCCAGCCCCCCUCCAGGCGCCCUGCAGCGCUCACGGAGCCUCCCUGGGGAAACGGGUGGGACCUUUGCUGCCAAGUCUGGAGCACGCGGAGCAGGCGGGGGCCCCAGGGUGGCCUCCGUGUGACCGCAGCCGAGCGGGCACCUUCCCCACCGAGAGCCCUUCUGGAAAAUGCUUUUCUUCCCCAUGAGUUUGAUUUCUCGGUUGAUUUUCAUCCCUCCCCCCGCUUUUACCGGCGCACAAAUCAGAUCGCAGCCUCUCCCGGUAAUGACCCCGUAGUUCCUUUUCAUUUCGGUUUUUGUAAAUUAGGAGAUAAUUCUCAGAGUCACUAAGGAUGAUUUAUUUAAGAGAACUGCAUCAAAUAGCGAAUGAGUUAUGGGUAACAUUAGAUGGAGCGACCUUUCCCCCGGAGAAAGGUCCCUCUGGAAGGCAUGGAUGCAAAUAUAAAAUAUUAAAAAAAAUCUAAAUAAAGCUUAUUUUAAAAUAUGA